GGCUAGGUGACGUGGCACCGGGAACAUUAGUAGCUACUCCUCAGCAGCACGCUCUUAACCGGGCAGCACCGAGCCGUUCGAGACGACUUUCUUCCCCUCAGGGCUGUACGAUCGAGAUAAUGGCGUCAAAUAACAGUCAGGUUGGAAAGUGGGAAGUCGUGAAAAAAAGCAAGAAACCGGGCACCGCCGGCAGCGGAGGGAAAAAUCUCGGGGAGAAGAAAACUGGACGGAAAGCUCUGAGCGAAUCCAACAUGACGAGGACCGACCAGUUUCCUCCCCUGGUGACAUCGGGGACAUUGUUCGAGGCUUUUGAGAAGAUGGGGAAGAAGCAAAACAAGGAGCAGGUUCCUCCAGCCGAGCCCAGCAACAAGAAGCCUUCAGCGGGCAAACAGAAGGCCAAGCUUCCCCCUGCCUCUACACAGACACACAACACACACAAGAACCUGGAGGAUGCAUUCAAAGCUAUGGACGUGGGGGAGCUGAAGCAGCAGUUGGACCGGAGCCAGACUCUGUUCCCUGACAACCCGUCAGUCUGGGUCAAAGACCUGGCAGGAUACCUCAACCACGCCCUGGCUGCUCCAGAGACUGAACCCACCCUCAGCAGCUACACACACGAUUACCCAUACUGCCUUGCGGGGAAGGAGCUGAGGGGCGUGGUCAAAGCUUUAAUUGGUCGCUGCAACGAGAGUCUACAGGACUUCUAUGACCACUGUGUUUACACCAUGCUGAGAGAACUGGACAAACAGACAGGAGAGCCUCUCCAUGGUUACCGGGUGUGUAUCCAGGCCAUCCUUCAAGACAAGCCCAGAAUGGCUACACAGAACCUUCCUGACUAUCUGGAGUUGUUGCGGUCAGUUCAGAACCGUCCGGUCAAGUGUCUGACAAUCAUGUGGUCUCUGGGACAAGCUGGCUACUACGACCUCAGCCAGGGGCUACGAGUAUGGCUGGGUAUCAUGCUGCCAGUCCUGGGGGUGAAGGCCCUGUCAUCCUACGCCAUCGCAUACUUGGAGAGACUACUGCUGCUCCAUGUUAACCUGACUAAAGGUUUUGGGGUCAUGGGACCUAAAGACUUUUUCCCUCUGCUGGACUUCGCCUACAUGCCAAAGAAUGCCCUGUCACCAAGCCUCCAGGAGCAGCUGUGUCGUCUGUACCCUCGUCUGAAAGUGUUGGCUUUUGGGGCGAAGCCCGAGAUGACCCUCCACACCUACCUGCCCUCCUUCCUGUCCCGGGCUACACCCCACUGCCCUGAAGAUAUGAAGAGAGAGUUGCUGAGCUCCAUGACGGAGUGUCUCUCUGUGGACCAUCAGAGUCUGGGGGUGUGGAGACAGCUCUACACCAAACACUUACCACAGUCCAGUCUGCUGUUAAACCAUCUACUGAAGUCCUGGAACACCCUACCACCCAAGUUGCGCGGUUGGCUGCAGGAGACUGUCCAGUCAUUCAGAGUGACUAAUGAGGAGCUGAGAGACACUGCUAACUCUGCUGACCUACAGGACUGUAACAAGCUCUGUCACUGUCUCCAGUUGAAGAUGUCAGGACGAGGUUUCCCCUGGUCCAGACUCUUUAUGGCUUUACUGGUGUUUGCUGCCGGGUUCAUUACACACGACAUCCGAUCCCGUGGUUCCUUCACAGACUCCACCACAGCAAGCUAUCUCCACAGUUCAGGGGUGAUGGGAGUGUCUCAACAGGCCUGGAGCAAAGUCACCCUCUACUCACAACAGGGCUUCAGCUGGCUGGAUACCAACACUCCCUACUACUACUCAGAGUGUGUACGUGUGUUGAGUCCGGUACUGGAGCAGACCUGGGAGAGAACUAAAGAUGCUGCCAUCUACAUCUCACAACUCACAACACAACUCAUUAACUGGAUCAAUCACAACACACCCCUACUAGUAGAAUGGCUGAGUUCCAGCACCCCGGACAGUGUAUUUCUGCUGAUAGACUAUCUGAAGCAGCUGUUACUGUUCCUCCAUACCAACUACCUGCUGCCAGCUCUCUCACACGCCUCCCAUCUAAUAGUACAGGCCUGGACGGCACUGCAGGACUCCUGCAGUGGGGAGGUGUCUGUAUCAUGUCUCCAGACCUACGCCCUCUCUCUGACCAACUCUACCUGGCUCCUGCUACAAGACACCAGCUACGCCAUCAAGACCUGGAUACAAGACCUGCUUCAGACCUGAUACACACACACACACACACACACACGCACGCACAUUUAUACUGAUACACACACACACGCACAUUUAUACUGAUACACACACAUACUUCAUGCAUAUACACGCUUUAAACACAGUCUGAGACUCUUUGCUUGCGUUGCUCUGGCCUCCUCCCUUAGCCAUCUCUCUCUGACUCUCAUGGGCUUUAUUGGCAUGGGACAUGUGUUUACAUUACCAAGUGAAAUAACCAACAACGGCUAAAACCAACAGUCUGUCACUAGCUAGGUGAAAUAACCAACAGUCUGUCACUAGCUAGGUGAAAUAAACAACAGUCUGUCACUAGCUAUGUGAAAUAACCAACAGUCUGUCACUAGCUAGGUGAAAUAACCAACAGUCUGUCACUAGCUAGGUGAAAUAAACAACAGUCUGUCACUAGCUAGGUGAAAUAAACAACAGUCUGUCACUAGCUAGGUGAAAUAAACAAGUCUGUCACUAGCUAGGUGAAAUAAACAACAGUCUGUCACUAGCUAGGUGAAAUAAACAACAGUCUGUCACUAGCUAGGUGAAAUAAACAACAGUCUGUCACUAGCUAGGUGAAAUAAACAACAGUCUGUCACUAGCUAGGUGAAAUAAACAACAGUCUGUCACUAGCUAGGUGAAAUAAACAACAGUCUGUCACUAGCUAGGUGAAAUAAACAAGUCUGUCACUAGCUAGGUGAAAUAAACAACAGUCUGUCACUAGCUAGGUGAAAUAAACAAGUCUGUCACUAGCUAGGUGAAAUAAACAACAGUCUGUCACUAGCUAGGUGAAAUAAACAACAGUCUGUCACUAGCUAGGUGAAAUAAACAACAGUCUGUCACUAGCUAGGUGAAAUAACCAACAGUCUGUCACUAGCUAGGUGAAAUAAACAACAGUCUGUCACUAGCUAGGUGAAAUAAACAACAGUCUGUCACUAGCUAGGUGAAAUAAACAACAGUCUGUCACUAGCUAGGUGAAAUAAACAACAGUCUGUCACUAGCUAGGUGAAAUAAACAACAGUCUGUCACUAGCUAGGUGAAAUAAACAACAGUCUGUCACUAGCUAGGUGAAAUAACCAACAGUCUGUCACUAGCUAGGUGAAAUAAACAACAGUCUGUCACUAGCUAGGUGAAAUAAACAACAGUCUGUCACUAGCUAGGUGAAAUAAACAACAGUCUGUCACUAGCUAGGUGAAAUAAACAACAGUCUGUCACUAGCUAGGUGAAAUAAACAACAGUCUGUCACUAGCUAGGUGAAAUAAACAACAGUCUGUCACUAGCUAGGUGAAAUAAACAACAGUCUGUCACUAGCUAGGUGAAAUAAACAACAGUCUGUCACUAGCUAGGUGAAAUAAACAACAGUCUGUCACUAGCUAGGUGAAAUAAACAGUCUGUCACUAGCUAGGUGAAAUAAACAAGUCUGUCACUAGCUAGGUGAAAUA